UCUAUGGCAUUCUGUCCAAUGUUCGUUCUAUCCAUCAGAUCAGUCACGAGACAAAUGUAAUAAAAAUUGAAAAAUACGUCUUUAAAAAACUACAAAACUUUAAUUCAUAUUAUAGUUGUAGCUAAAGAUGGCCUGCAUGUGUUGUUUCAAAAAAUGUUUUCAUUAGUUUCAUCUGGUCUCUUGUGAAAGGCUGGUGUCAAAGUACGCUUUAACUAAUGAAUGAUGCAGUCUAUUUUCUGGACAGGGAGACUGCUAUCACGUGCUUUACGAAAUGGACUUUCGAAUUUCUCAAGUGCUACUGAAUUGAACGUUUCGUCGACAAAGCACCCUUAUUUAGUAUCAGUGGUGUGUGGUUUUCCUAAAGACAUUGCUAAUGGAAGAACGCGCAAAGGACAGUUCGGUGACGACGCAUGGUUCUCCACAAAUUCCAGCAACGCGGAUGUUAUUGGUGUGGCAGACGGUGUAGGAGGAUGGCGUGCUUACGGCAUCGACCCUGGCGAGUUCUCUUCGUACCUCAUGAGGACGUGCGAGAGGCUCGUCCAAAUGGGACACUUCAAGAUGUCAGAGCCAGGGGACCUGCUGGCUAAGUCCUAUUACGAAUUAUUGGAACAUAAAAAACCAAUACUAGGAAGCAGUACAGCGUGCGUGAUGAUCCUAGACCGGUCGGAGAGCGUGAUGCGCGCCGCCAACAUCGGUGACAGCGGGUACAUGGUAGUCCGUGGAGGCCGCAUUGUUCACCGGUCGCACGAACAGCAGCACUACUUCAACACGCCUUACCAGCUCAGCUUGCCGCCGCCCGGACACGACCGGAAUGUGCUAAGUGACAGGCCAGAAUCGGCGGAGACGUCAGAAUUCGCAGUGGAGUGCGGUGACGUGAUCCUAGUGGCGACUGACGGCGUGUUCGACAAUGUGCCCGAGCCAGUCCUAGUUGCAGAGAUGAGGCGUGCUCAGGGCCUCGCGGGCGAGACCAAGAGGCUGCAGGCCGUCGCCAACUCCAUCGCGUGGAUGGCGCGCAACCUCUCCUUCGACGGCUGCUACAUGUCGCCCUUCGCGAAGAGCGCGCGACAGAACGGCAUUGAUGCCAUUGGGGGAAAACCGGACGACAUAACGGUGCUACUUGCUAUCGUAGCGCUAUGAAAAUGUCCUAUGUGAUUUAUGUAGCUAGAUUCUAGGUACAUUUUUUGUUCAAGAUUACUACAAAAUUUAGUUAAAUAAUAGUGAUAACAACGAAGCCAAAAAUAUGUUUGGACCCUUUUCUGUAAUUGAUCUGUAAUUAUUUUUGAAUGUCUUUGGUUAUAAGUGAAGGAGGUGCCCACAUUUGAUUCUUCGCGAUUUAUUAUAUGAGACAGAUGUGUUUCUGAUUUCUGGAAAUCUGUUUUAUAUGUAUAUUUGACAUUUAAUUGUUACUUGUGCAUAGUAAUGUGUAAAUACUUUUUGUACUAUAUGACGUCAAUUUUGUAAUAAUAGAUAUUUCUGUAUGAUCUCAAAAGUUGUUUGUAUGUUUUAUUACUGUACAGGGCCAGGCCAUGGAGCCGUUCACUGGUCACCUCCUAAACUUGAUUCUGUCUACUUAUGUUAGUUGUGAAAUAGAAUUGUUUAUUCAGAGAUCACGCGAUGUGACGCCAUGAUCUGAAUGUUGUGCUUCUAAAUUAUUGUGAUUUACAUGAAGCUGCUGAUGUUAUAAUGCUGGAAAGAAAGUGUACAUUACUUGUUGAAAGAUUUACGUGAAUUUUGAAUGUAAUUGGGUCAACGAAAGUUAUCCGUGACCGACAUUAGCAAUCGUUGAAAAACAGACCUACUUCUACUAUCUGUUAUUUUAUGAUUGUACACAAACUCGCAAAAAUGUCAUAUUAUAUUAUGUAACUGACUUAAAUGGUGUACAAAAGAUAUAUGGGUACACUAAGUUUGUAUAAUCGAUAUUGCGAUCAAUUAAAAUUGUUGAUGCGAUCGAAAAAUACUAAUCAUGCAGAGAUUUCCGAAAUCGCAAAACUUAGUUUAACAUUUGAAUGUGGUCGUACAAUCCGGUAACGCAGACAGUAUACAGUAAUAAUAUGUCGAUUGUAAGCAAUGUAUAGUCAGUCUCAAAGGGUCAACGCAUUGUGUACUAGAUAACAUCAUCUUUUUUCUCUUUAUAUUAAAAGUAUAUGAACAAAAUCUUUACCCUGACAAAACAAAAACGAUUUCUUAUAGGUUCCAUUUUAACGAUUUUAGCUUUGUUGGCCCAAAUGUAAAAAUAGUAGUAGUAUAAUAGUUUUAUUAUUGUGUGAUUUCAAAGUGGACGAGUAUGUCUUUCUGAAAUAUUUAAUUUUACAAUCAACUGUGUUUUUGUGGAAUUGAGUGUGAGAGUUUGAAUGAAGACUGAAUACAACUAGAUAUACUGUUCUUGUUGUUACUAGUAGUUUUAAUAAUGUUACGAAACUAUAUUUGAAACGAUCACAACUAACGGUUCUAUAUAAGACACUUUAUGUUCUUUUUAUAAAUUUUUAUGUAAAUUAUAUGUGUAUUGAUUGUAUGUUUCAUUUUUUCUACAAGUAAAUUAAACCUUUGUCGCAGCUGCUACUACAUUUUGGAUACAUUUUAGACUGCUAAAAUUAGAAAUCAUUGUAAUCAUUCAUUAGCUGCAUUAAUUCUUUUUAAGGUGCAUUUUAUUAUUAUUUUUAAUAAUAGAAUAAAUUAUGUGACGGAUAAAACGUUACAAACAUUAUUCAAUUGAAUAGCUCAGUCGAUAUGUAUAGCAAGCAGAACCUAAACUGGUAACCUAUUGACUUGGCGUUCUAUUGUAUUGUCAUAUUGUUGAGUCUUGAGUUUCGUUUUAACCGUGACAUUAAUCUUCAAGCAAUUUCCGAGUUAACAACUACAUAUAUACUUUAUUAUUCUUUCUAGAUCCAAAAUUGGUUGUUAGCCUUCGCUUAAAAUGUUUGUAUAUAAAUAAAAAUCAUUAGCGUAGCAAAGUUAAAAGAUGACUCGUCUUUUAAAUGUAUGUCAAGGUACUGUAAGUAGUCACUGAUCAAACGCUUAUCGUCGUUACAUUUCGACUCGGACUUAUCAACUCUGUGUUAUUUAAAUUUCACCAUGAUAUUGUGUGAAAAUAGAAUAAACAAUUCUGAUUAUGAUUA